GGUAGGACGGUGUCGCCUGGUAUGGGUAGACAGAUGGGCUCACGGUUACAUCUCACCCCUGCAGGCGCCGGCGCCGGCGUCGCCAUCUCGGAGCUCGAGCUGCUAGUGCCCAGGGGGCCCGCCUCGUGGGCUGCAGCCGGCAUGGACCGCCACGCGAUGGGCGCGGGCGGCGGCGCGCAGGAGAUCGAGAAGACGCCGGAGGCGGACAUGGAGUCGGAGCCCGCGGCGGCGGCGGCGCGCGAGGCGGAGCGCGUCCCGCCGUGGCGGGAGCAGGUGACCGCGCGCGGGAUGGUGGCGGCGCUGCUGAUCGGCGUGGUGUACACGGUGAUCGUGAUGAAGCUGAGCCUCACCACGGGGCUCGUCCCCACGCUGAACGUUUCCGCCGCGCUGCUCGCCUUCCUCGCGCUCCGCGGCUGGACGCACGCGCUCGACCGCCUCGGCAUUGCCUCCCGCCCCUUCACCCGCCAGGAGAACACCGUCAUCCAGACCUGCGCCGUCGCCUGCUACACCAUCGGCUACGGCGGUGGGUUCGGAUCGUUCUUGCUGGGGCUGAACAAGAAGACGUACGAGCUGUCCGGCGCGAGCACGCCGGGGAACGUGCCGGGGAGCUACAAGGAACCCGGCAUCGGGUGGAUGACGGGAUUCCUCCUCUCCAUCAGCUUCGUGGGGCUCCUCACCUUGCUCCCUCUCCGAAAGGUGCUGGUCAUCGACUACAAACUAACAUACCCAAGUGGGACAGCGACGGCUGUUCUCAUAAACGGGUUUCACACGCCUCAAGGAGAUAAGAAUGCGAAAAAGCAAGUCCGUGGAUUCCUCAAGUAUUUUGGCAUCAGUUUCUUGUGGAGCUUCUUCCAAUGGUUCUACACCGGCGGUGACGUCUGCGGAUUCCUCCAGUUCCCUACUUUUGGGCUGAAAGCUUGGAAACAGACAUUUUUCUUCGACUUUAGUCUCACUUAUGUUGGCGCCGGGAUGAUAUGCUCGCACCUUGUCAACCUCUCUCUCCUGUUCGGCGCGAUUCUUUCUUGGGGAAUAAUGUGGCCGCUCAUCGGCAAGCAGAAGGGGAAGUGGUACUCUGCUAAGGCAUCUGAAAGUAGCAUGACAAGCCUGUUUGGUUACAAGUCUUUCAUCUGCAUUGCGCUGCUCGUCGGAGAUGGCUUCUACAACUUCGUCAAAGUGAUAGUUGUCACUCUUAAGAGCGUACACGAAAGAUCAAAGCGCAGGGGUCUUAAUAGCAGAGUGGCGGACGCGGACACCAUGGCGAUCGACGACAUGCAGCGCAACGAGGUGUUCAACCGUGACAACAUGCCGACGUGGAUGGCCUACACGGGGUACACGCUGCUCAGCGCCAUCGCCGUGGUCGUCAUCCCGAUAAUGUUCCGGCAGGUGAAGUGGUACUACGUGAUCACCGCGUACCUGCUGGCGCCGGCGCUGGGGUUCUGCAACGCCUACGGCACGGGGCUCACCGACAUGAACAUGGGCUACAACUACGGCAAGAUCGCGCUGUUCAUCUUCGCGGCGUGGGCGGGGAAGGACGACGGCGUGGUGGCCGGCCUGGUCGGCUGCGGGCUGGUGAAGCAGCUGGUGCUCAUCUCCGCCGACCUGAUGCACGACUUCAAGACGGGCCACCUGACGCUGACCUCGCCGCGGUCGAUGCUGGUCGGCCAGGUGGUCGGCACGCUGAUGGGCUGCGUCGUCGCGCCGCUCACCUUCUUCCUCUUCUACAGGGCGUUCGACAUCGGCGACCCCAACGGGUACUGGAAGGCGCCGUACGCGCUCAUCUACCGCAACAUGGCCGUCCUCGGCGUGGAGGGCUUCUCGGCGCUGCCGAGGCACUGCCUGCAGCUCUGCGCGGGGUUCUUCGCGUUCGCGGUGCUUGUCAACCUGGCGCGGGACUUCCUGCCCCGCAGGUACGGGAGGUUCAUGCCGCUGCCCAUGGCCAUGGCCGUGCCGUUCCUCGUCGGCGCCAACUUCGCCAUCGACAUGUGCGUCGGCAGCCUCGUGGUGUACGUCUGGCACAAGGUCGACGGCAAGAGGGCGGCGCUGCUCGUGCCGGCCGUCGCCUCCGGCCUCAUCUGCGGCGACGGGAUAUGGAUUUUCCCUUCGUCGCUGCUCGCGCUGGCCAAGGUUAAACCGCCCAUCUGCAUGAAGUUUACACCGGGAAACUAAGCCACGCAAUGCAUUGCUGCAAUCUACAGCGCACCAGUGCGGACGUAUACGUCAUAUACAAGAACAAACAAAAGAUCGUGUCAAGCAAACAGCUCGAGCGUUUUGUAGUUUAGAUUUAGGCGCGGCGAGCGGAAGAUCGAGCGUAGCUACGACGGAUAAAUCCUCCCAAAAGCAGAAAUGAUGUCUAUAUGUGUUUUUGUACUGUGUAUAUCAGCUGAGAAGGAAAUUAAAGAAUUAAACACAUCAAUUAGUUGUGUGCUUCCUUUCGA